UAACCCACUUAACGAUUACGUAAAAUUGACAUUACGCCAGGCCUGUGCAAGUGUCAAAUGGUGAACGUCAAGUGGUGUUCAGUUCGGUGAAUUUCCCUCAAAAUUUUCCCGUGAAGAGUUCCGUCACUCGUAAAACGCCCCUUCACAAUGUUAUCUGCAUGUAAACAAACAAUCUCUACAAGUUUUCAAAGAGUGGGCGUGAGAUGUUUGGGUUCUAUUGUGCCCGAGGUGAAAAUCAGCGAUUUCGGAGUCAAGAAUGAGCCGGUUUUGGAAUACCUCAAAGGGUCAAAAGAACGCAAGGAGCUCGAAGAGGCGCUGAAGAAGACAUCUGCGACGACGGAAGACGUUCCCAUCGUGAUUGGCGACAAAGAAUACAAAACAGACGAUGCCAGGUAUCAGGUUUACCCGCACAACCACAAGAAGAAACUUGCCAAGUUCUACUACGCGGACAAGAAACUCGUGAACAAAGCCAUCGACGUCGCCGUCGAAACCCAGAAGAAAUGGGACCGAACGCCCAUUCCCGAGCGCCUGAAGAUCUGGGAGAAGGCGGCUUCGCUAAUGGCGAACGAAUACAGGCAGACCCUGAACGCCGCCACCAUGCUGGGUCAGGCCAAGACCGUCAUCCAGGCCGAGAUCGAUUCGGCCGCCGAACUCAUCGACUUCUUCAGGUUGAACGCAUAUUUUCUCAAGGAGGCGACCAAGUACCAACCGAUCUCCGAAAACCCGAAAGUCACCAAGAACUCGAUGAGGUACAGGGGCAUCGACGGCUUCAUCGCGGCCGUGUCGCCUUUCAACUUCACGGCGAUCGGGGGGAAUCUGGCGUACACUCCGGCUUUGAUGGGGAAUGCGAUUUUGUGGAAACCGAGCGACACGGCGCUGUUAUCCAAUUGGACCAUCUUCAAGAUUUGCCGGGAAGCGGGCGUUCCUCCGGGAGUUGUGAAUUUCGUUCCAGCUGAUGGGCCCGUUUUCGGGGAUACCAUCACUGCAUCGAAGUAUUUAGCUGGUAUUAAUUUCACCGGAAGUGUUCCAACCUUUACCCGUCUAUGGACCCAAGUGGGCCAAAAUAUCAACAAAUAUAUCAAUUUUCCACGCCUGAUCGGCGAAUGCGGCGGCAAAAAUUACCAUUUCGUCCAUCCUAGCGCUGACGUCACUUCGGUGGUCAAUGCCACCAUUAGGAGCGCUUUCGAAUUCUGCGGACAAAAAUGCAGCGCCUGCUCAAGAAUGUACGUUCCGGAGUCUCUAUGGCCCAAGAUCAAAGAGGGCCUCUUGGAGACAAGAAGCAAACUGAAGAUCGGCGAACCGACAGAUUACGAAUCGUUCACUUCGGCCGUAAUCGACGAUAAGGCAUUUAAAAGAAUCUCAGGGUACAUCGACCAUGCCAAGAGUUCAUCCAAUUUGGAAAUCAUCGGAGGCGGAAAAUACGAUGACAGUACCGGCUACUUUAUCGAACCAACGAUCGUAGUUACCAAAGAUCCCAAAGAUAAAAUAAUGACGGAGGAAAUUUUCGGUCCUGUGCUAUCCAUUUACGUUUACAAAGACAACAAGUUGGAGGAAACUGUAGGGUUGGUUGGAACUUCAACCGCGUUUGCGCUGACUGGAGCGAUUUUCGCACAAGACGAGAAAUGGCUAAGAUAUGCCAUUGAAGAACUCAAGAUGACGGCAGGCAACUUUUACGUUAACGACAAGUCAACGGGAAGCGUGGUUGGCCAACAACCGUUUGGCGGCGCCAGGUUAUCGGGAACCAACGAUAAGGCAGGUGGUCCUCACUACGUCUUAAGAUGGGGCAAUCCGCAAGCCGUCAAAGAGACUUUCGUACCUUUAACAGAAGUCUCUUAUCCGUACAUGAAACAAUAAUUAUAUUUAUUAUAUAUCCGUUGAUCAGUUUUAUCUUUUGUGGUAGAUUUUUUACCAUUGAUUCUCACCGAUUGGAUUUUUAUUUGAACAAGUGUAGAUUCAAGUAUUGGAUUUUAUAUUGUUGGAAUAUUUAAUUUAAUUUUGUUUUUAUCGAUUAGGUAUCAAUUUUUCGCGUUGGUUUUUCAAAAAAACAACGUCUAGGAAAUGUUUAAGCUAGAAAUGUAUAAGGAAAUUCUCGACAAUAUUAUUGUAAUUACUGUAACUGUUAUAAUAUGAACGGAAAGAUGUAAUAAAUGUGUAUUAUAACUCAGUUCUGUCAUUUAUACGUGUAUUAGAAAUUUGUGAUCUUUUGUCAGUCGUGUACAUUGUGAAAUCCCGUUUGUAAACUUAAGGAAAACACGUUAUUUUAAACUUGUAAAGUAGCAAUAAAUGCUUCUGUUUGUUAGA